AUGAUUUUGACCCGCGGGAACUCCAGGCUGAUCAAGACCACGGCCGCGGUAUUCUGUGCCUGCGUUCUACUCGCCUUUCUCUUCAAUCACCAAGAUGGCUACCAAUCCACCAGAAAGUUAAUCCACGCCGGCCGGUCUCGCCUAGAAAAUGCCAUGUUCGAGCGAAUCAAAAACGAGACGCUAGGGUUUCAACACAUUUAUGCCAUCGGGCUCAAAGAACGCACCGACAAGCAUGAUUCUCUCACACUGGCCGCCUCGGCCACCGGGAUGAAUGUUGAAUGGCUCGAGGGCGUUCGACCCGGCGACGUAUCGGAAAAAGCUCUUCCGCAGGGAAUGGACAAUCCAGAGAUCCCAUACGCCGUUGUCUUGUGCUGGCGCGCGCACAUGAAUGCACUGCGCAGAGUCGUGGAGAACAAGUAUACGACGGCUCUCAUUAUGGAAGACGACGCCGAUUGGGAUGUCACGAUCAGGCCGCAACUGCGCGAGAUUGCUCGAGGGGUCCGCGAGCUCUCCAGCAACCAGAAAGCCCCGAGGAAGGAGCCGUACGGCACAAACUGGGAUCUGCUCUGGAUCGGCGGUUGCGCGACUCUGCAGGACAAGAACGAAACGGAUCUUUAUAUGAUCCCCGACGAUCCAACGACGCCCAGUCUCGGCCAUCGCGGCCCAUGGCAAGGUCCGAUUGGGCCACACGAGGAUUGGCGAAACCAGCACCCAGAAGUCUCGAUGGACUCGACGCGAUUUGUUUAUCGGGCGGGCCACGGCUGCUGCCUGUACGGGUACGCCGUGACCUACCAAGGCGCGCGGAAGAUCCUUGCGGCUCUGUCGCUAGAGCGGAGCGCGGAAGUGGACAAUUCGCUGGGCGAUCUCUGUGGAGGCAAGAACGGGCGGCAGCAGAUCCGCUGUUUUGGCGUGUAUCCGAACGUCAUUGGCACCUUCAAGCCGGCAGGGCUGAGCUCGCGGCACUCGGAUAUCCAAAACUAUAGUACGACCGACUGGGUGAAUGCGGAGUCGUGGAACAUGGUCUACAGCACGAGGAUGAACCUGCAGCGACUGCUUGCGGGGGAGGAGACCGUGUAUUCGCAGUGGAACACCUCAUUCGUGCCGUGGUCCAAGGGCGAGGUCAAGCCACGGGAGGUGCAGUAUCCGCGAGGGUACGUGGUACGAGGGUAG